AACCGCCAGUAAACACCAGAAGAAAGCAGUGGCAGCGUGCACCGUGAUGGUUUGAAUUAGGUCAUGGAGGUUGCGGUCAUGUGCUCGUCCGGCUCAGCUCCUCUUGAGGACUCAGCGGACAUGUCGGGGACAGGCAGUGUCCUGGUCUCUGUCUCUGACCGGUAUCAAACCAUCCCGCUGCCGGAGCCUCACGCACACUUUCCUGGACAGCCAUACUCCGUGUCCGUGCUUAAAGUGGGAUACUGUCUUCCUCAGCCCGACGGGACAUUCAGAGCCGACGGGACCAUCACCCUCAUAACGGGACCCAAGAUUAUUCUGGUGGACACGGGAGGACCAUGGGACCGGGACUUUCUCCUCACGACGCUGAAAGAGAGGGGCCUGGACCCGGGGGACAUUAACUUGGUCGUAGGGACUCACGGGCAUUCAGACCACAUUGGAAAUCUGGGACUUUUCCCGACAGCUCUAACGAUUGUGGGAUAUGACAUCAGCGAGGGGGACACGUACCGUCCCAACAGGCUGGCACAGGGACAUGCGUACACUGUUGAUGAACAUGUGAGUGUCACGUCCUCACUCAAAACCUGUGCUCUGAAGAUAUACGUAGUUCCAAGUCCAGGCCACACGGGACAAGAUGUCAGUGUUCAGGUGAAGGGGACCACAGCAGGCACUGUGCUUGUUGCAGGGGAUUUAUUUGAGUGCUGCUCAGACGGGGACAGCUGGCGGGAUCUGAGUAUGAACACUGCAGUACAGGAGGUCAGCCGCCAAAGGGCGUUACGCACUGCUGACGUCAUCAUACCGGGACAUGGACCCCCAUUCAGAGUCCUCAGGAACUGCUGAACCAACCCUGAGGACAUCAGUUAUACAACUGAAAUGGGCCUGCUAGACAUAGGCACUCAGAGCCGUGUGAACAAACAUGUGGACAGCUCUAAAUAACAGGUGUGCAUGCACCAAAGCUACUUUAAGGACACAUUUGAGAUCCGAUCACACAGACCACAUUUGGAGGUGGUCUGGGAAUGCGUGUGGCCACAUUCUUUUCUCUGUGUAAACCCUGACCCGCGACAGUUUUAUUAUGAGCCCAAAGCUUUUACACCUCAUUUUUUACCACACAUUAUUUUAUUUGUGGCCACCAACACAAUAUUGACACUGAAUGAUAUUUAUAUAUGUAUAUAUAUAUAUAUAUUGAUUUUCAGUUUUUGUUACUAUUUCAAAUGAAUAAAACCUUAUGUCACGGUAAAGUU